AUGCUUAUUCAAAAGUAUAAUUUGAUUAAAUAAUUAUAAGAUUUUUUUCAUACUAGAAUUAAAAUAAAUAGAUUGUAUCAUUUGAACCAAGUCCAGUUAUAAUUAGUGGAGGAUAAAUACCGUAGGCAAUUUAUCUAAUUUCAGGUCAUUAUUAAGGAAAUAAUGAUAUAUUUAAAAUAUUAAAGACUAUAUGA